UUUUGCACAGCAAAAAAUCUUCUGCUUUACACAAAAUAAAAAUGUUGCUGUUACAAAAUGAAAGGCCAGCCUGUUUAAGCUGGCUAACGUUAGUCUAAUGUUAUGUAUUUGACUCGUAAACGACCACAGCAUGAGUCAAUGCUAACUAACGUUAAGUCGUGACUCGUGAGUUAGCUAACGUUAGACGGAUAACGUUAAAAGCUACUGCAAUCUGCUUGCUACCGUUAUCUAGAUCUAGGAGCUGUGCACGUUGGUGGUGCUAGGCUAACCAACGCAUCUUGGCUCUCUGUGCAGUUUGUUUGUGCUAGGUUAGUAGCUAAUGUUAGCUACUAGAGAUGACUGUGUUUUGCAGCCGUAAGCUAGCUACCAUUCAAGCCAACGUUAGAUGACUAACGUUAGCUAAACACAGCUGUCUAGGCCUAGGCACCAGUAGCUAGCUAACGUUAACGUUAGCUACUAACCUAGCACCAACAAACUGCACGGAGAGCUAAGAUGGUUAGCUAGCACCACCAAAGUGUGCAGAGCUCAAGCUACACAACACACUGCACAAACAUGAAAUGAAUUUAGCCGACAUUAGUACUAAAUUAGUACUUAGUUAUUAUUGUCUCCUUCACGAGUGACAACGGGGUUCCUCCAUUUCAGAUGCUCCCACAUUGCUGGUGUGGAAUGCCAACUCCAUUUGGCAAAGACUGCAAAUAACGACACCUUUUACGUUUGGGACUAAAUUUGAAGAAUUCCCAUACCUUCGAUGAUUUAGGGCGAGCUGUUUUUUCUUUUUUUUUGGUCUUUCUUUUAUUGGGGCUUUUUGCAGGGCUUUGUUGGGAAUUAUGUGAGGAGGUUGCCAUUUCGUCCUCCAUUCUGCAACGUUUUGGUCUCCCACGUGUGUGGCGAAGCAUUGACGCAAAAAAUAUGAUGUCGACGUCAUGCCUAAUGCAAAGCAGUAUCACAGAAAAUUUCCGUGCUUUGUGCACCGGGGAGAAGGGUUUUGGCUACAAGGGCUCCACGUUCCACCGUAUCAUCACUAAAUUCAUGUGCCAGGGCGGGGACUUCACCAAUCACAAUGGAACUGGAGGCAAAUCCAUCUACGGGGAGAAGUUUGCUGAUGAGAACUUUCAGCUGAAGCACACAGGCCCGGGCAUCCUGUCCAUGGCUAAUGCCGGGCCCAACACCAACGGAUCCCAGUUCUUCCUCUGCACAGAAAAAACUAGCUGGCUGGACGGGAAGCACGUGGUGUUCGGCCUUGUUGUGGAGGGCAUGGAUGUUGUCAAGAAAAUGGAGUCGUAUGGCACAGACAGCGGCAAACCGAAAGACAAAGCCAAGGUUGUCAUCGCCGACUGUGGUGAACUAAAAUAGUUUGGGCUUGUUCUCCCGUAAGAUUCAUUCUUUAUUAUCGACAUUUGUUCGUGUACCCUUUUGUAACUUCUAAUCUGUUCUCUGAGGACAUUUGUUAACACGUUCUGAAUAAAAUGUUGCUGAUGGAGUAACUAAAGCAACUUGAAAAGCUAA